GCGUCGUCGUGUCUAUUUCUUUCCCCGGGCGCGAUUGGUCACAGUCAAUUUGAUGGCAAUAGCAGCCACUAUGGUGUGUGGCUGGUAUCUGGUCCUCGUACUCACAGCGUGCCGGGGAUCAGCUCUUAGAACCGGGCUUCGGAGUCUUGCCUCCAAUCCCARCCGKCACGCGGGUGAUCGCCUUCUUCAGGAGCCGACGAGUGCCGCUCCAGCAGCACCGCAGGAAGAGCGGCAGAUAGAGUAUUCGCCGUUUGUAAACGGUUCCAUCACGCGCGUGACAUUGCAUACCCCGCGGACGAAUGGGACGGCGGGGAAAGAUUGCCGUUCAGUAAUUACGGACCUGGUKGUCGGUUCGGGUGAAKUGUAYUAUAUCCUGCACCAGUACUGCCAAGUGGAUGGUACUCUCGAGGAUCGGGCGUUGUMGAUUAGRAGACUGAACUUAUCGCAGGUGCAGGACGGCAACGGUCCGAGCCCGCAGGAGGACGACUCCUUGAUAAGUUACAUGUGGCCAUACGGGCAGCCAAACGGGCCAAUAAUCCGMGAACUAACGGAUUUUGGAGAUGCUCACGUGACAGGAAUGGGUCUGUCGAAAGAUGGGAUGGAUCUCGUCUUGAGCGUAACCAAUGGAGAUCCAAAAGUACCGCGGGGCAAUGGAACCACAUCUGGUGACCAAAAUCGCUCCAGGUUCACAUCUUUGUCGCUCGCUGAGGGCUCUCGGUCGUYCUCCGACCCUUUGAGCACAUUGGUCCAGGCUUGGGCGUUAGAGUCUCACAAGGGUUUUCUUUACUAUUUGCAAUCUGAUUCCUCAUUAAUUAACGUCACYGUUAAUGAUGUCGGGCUUCCAAACGGCCCUCCGAACCAAGUAUCCCGUUCGGGCAUCCGAACGGCUAUGUAUCCUGACGAGGAGUUCCAAUCUGGAAGCCUUGUCUCUGACGGCAGUUGCCUUUACCCCGUGACUUCUAAUGACGGGUUGCUCGGGAGGGAGCUUGGGGAUGGACAUUUCUUCCACGACACAAUUGCAUACCCUUCCGUUCCAUUCCUGGGGAAAGAGAUGGACGUGGUUGCAACGCCUCAAGGUUGUCACGUGUUCACGGCCGCAAACAAUACAGUUGACGUCUUCGAAGUCUUCAGACGGAUGGAAAAGACAUGUGGCAUGAUGAGAAACAGGUCAGCACUCCCAGGUUAUUUCGGCGAAGCGGAGGUUACGGCAUUGGCACUUAGUGACCCCAGCGACGGCUUAAGCCUCUUUGUAAGAACCAGCGAUGGCAGCGUGUAUCGCAUUACGCUGAACGGGUCGGAAGUCAGUAAUAACCAUGCCGUUAACAACGGCCGGCCGACGACUUCAUCUGUACAGGACUGCACUGCUAUGGAUUUCUGGGGACUGAGGCCCUCGCGCGUCAAGCAGUUUGGUUGGAAACUGCUGUCGGAUUGCACGGAUAAUUUUAGCGAGGCCUAUCGCAUCGGGGACAAAGGGGCGUUCGGGAAAGUAUACAGGGGAUCGCUCGACGGCAAGGACGUGGCAAUCAAGGUGAUGACUGGUGAGCUGACGGACGUGAAACGGAACCAGUUCGUGGCGGAGGUGAACACUCUCAGUGCAGUUAAUCACGCCAAUCUCAUCCAGCUCACUGGUUACUGCCAGGAGGGCAACCAGUGCAUCUUGGUGUACCCGUACUUCAGAGGUGGAUGCUUGCACGAGCGGCUGUUCCCUCACACUGCUAACCAGAGGGAACUCGCAGAGGAUUCCCCUCCGCCGCUCACUCUCCAGGACCGCAUGAGCAUUGCCUUCCAGAUUGCCAGGGGGCUCCGAUACCUACACGAUGAUGCCAAGCCUCCCAUCAUUCAUCGGGACAUCAAGAGCAGCAACGUCCUGCUUGGCGAUGGCUGUGGGGACAAACUUUACGUAGUCGUCGCUGACUUCGGAUUGGCGGCCAUCGGGGAGAGGGUGCUGGACACAGGGCACGACCACGUUGUGGUCACAUCCCACAUUGGUGGUACCUUUGGGUACAUGUCGCCGGAGUACAUGCUGAGGGGCGAGCUGUCGGAGAAGAAUGAUGUGUACUCCUUUGGGGUUCUUGUACUGGAGGUGCUGACGGGAAGGAAGGUGGUCGCACGGGCGCCCUCUGGGGUGGGAUGGCAGACACUGGUGGACUGGGUGAAGCCUUUCCUUCGGGGAGACAGUGAAGCAGCCCAAGACCCUUGCCUGGACAUGCCACGUGCUAUUCUUGACCGCUGUUUGUGGGAUCAGAUGGUCGGAGACUCUACGAAGCAGAUGGUGAUGAACACUUUCAGACUGGCCUGGGAAUGUGUCCAUGAGGAUUAUGGGUCAAGGCCGGCAAUGCGAGCUGUUGUCCAGCGCUUCGACAACAUGCUUCUCGAUGUAGGAUGGGACUUCUUGAUCAGAACAAUGGACAUGGAGUACCUUCUGGCGAUGUCAGAGGCAGAAGAUGCCAUCUGCAAGGACGAUGAUGCUGAGUCACAAGAGCAUCUCGCGGUGCUCCUAGAGUGAGGGAAAGGCUGAGAUCUGUAACAGUCAAUAAGCAGAUUAGCGAGUGAUAGCCACUAGCAUUGUAGUAUUGGAUAGAAUUCUAGCUCCUGAUCUGCUUAUUACCUGUUACAUGGAAGGUGUUCUGCCUUGCGCACAGCCAGCAGGCUGGAAGGUGUUGAAAUCUUUCACUUGCUGGCAGGUGAAAGUAACUGUGCGGGCCAAGACCUGAAACUUCUAAUAUUUGGAUGUGUUGGACCUUCAUUAGAUUCAGCGAAAGGUAUCUUAGAGCAAGACCGGGUAUGCACUGGACGUCUUGCCAUCAUUGGCUGUCGCGGACGUGUAGAAGUGUUACGGCACUGUAGCAUUGGGCUUGUAGUAGUUGUCACCAACUCCCCAUUCUGGUACUGAAUCUUCUCAAUUUAAAACGACAGACUUUAAAAGUUUUGAAGUAAUUAAGACGGCCAGAGAUCAUCUUACAAAUCGAAGAGUCAAAAAUAAAAUAAAAUAAAACUCAAAGA